CAGUUUGGUUUGUGAGGUGGCCUCGCAUUAGCAAAACCAGCAUGAUAUGGUUUUGUACCACCAGAGGGAGAACUCAGUCAAAAUACACUAUAGACCAGACCAAAGCGGAUUAGACCGGAACCUGCGUCGUCCAGUCUCGUGUUUACAAAUGAACAAAAAGGUCAUGUGGAAAACACAGCGUAAUCAGUAAAUAUUCUGACUGAAAGUACCUUUCUUAUGAAUUAUGUUACUUGGAUGGAGAAAAUAUUAAUUUCGAGGUUCUUUAAACUUGAUUGAAGUUGUAAAGAAUGGACGCGCUGUGGACGAAGCCAAUCGAAGACCCCCUUUCAUUGAUGAGCUUCAUGGUUCCUCCAUUGAGGUUACUCUCUGCAGCCAUGUGGCAGGUGACAGAACAGAGACAAGUGAAGCACUAUGGGAUGCUGGAGGAGUUUGUAACCAUGGUGACGGAGGCUGUGCCUGAGCUCCUGAAUUACCGUCAAAGAGCCCAGCUGAUACUUGGAUUAAGAGCAAGGCUACUUCUGGAGUCGUGUCGUGUUAAAAAUCAAGUGGACAUGGACAAUCUUCAGCCUCAGUUGGAUCGAAUCCGGGGUCCUCGUGUGAACACCACACUCAGUGAGGUUGACAAAGACAUUGAGGAAUCUGAGACCCAUUUUUUGGACCUUGUUCAGACCAUUAUCAACAACCCUGUAGAGAGAGAGAACUUUUUUCAGAAUGUUUUCCCAGUGGAAUACGGGCCAACAUUUGACAAAACAAUUCAUACACUUAUGGAAGACUUCCUCCUGCAGCUUGAUCGGAUGAUAUCAGUCCCAGAUCUUUCACAGACGGUCUCGUGGCUCAGGGCUUGUCCCUCUCUUCUAGACAAGUGUCUUCAUUCAUUUACGGUCCCGAAGCAAAUGAAGAUCCUUCUUGAACACCAGAGAGCUAACGGACAUCUUCUGGAAAAUGAGUCUCUUCCACUGGUUCGAGUCGUCAUACCCAGUGACCACACAGAAUCUGGUGACCUGUCUGAAUUGGGAAAUGAUUUAGAUGGCCUUGAAGAUGAUUGCCACAGUUCUAUAACCCCAUCUGAUUUCCAUAUCUCUGGCUGGUCAGCUAAGGGAACACUCAAGAAAGAGACAAUUGAACUGAUGGAGAGAGAAGAUGAAGAAGAAGAUGAUGAUGAUGACGAUGAUAAUAAUGAUGAUGAUGAGGAAUACUUGCCAACCAAAAGUGAUAGGGGAACGCUUGCUCAUUCUCGGAAUCAAACCAGCACGAAAAGAACACUAGGGAAAUCCAAUAAAAGGAAAAGAGAUGACAAAGACGUUGAAGUGUCCAGAGAAUUCACGUUUAUCAAUCACUUGGGGGCAUAUACAGACGAGGCUUCUUAUCCCACCACCGAGGCUUCAAAAGUCCCUUGGACAGAUGAAGAAACAUUCAGUCUCAUCGACAUAUGGGGGAAAGACAGUAUCCAGCGAACUCUGAAAGACUGUGCCCACAACCGCCACAUAUUCAACCUCAUCUCAAAGAUGAUGUCCGAGCGAGGGUUUGCCAGAACAGCAGAACAGUGUCACACCAGGAUAAAACGCUUAAAAAUGAGCUUUCGACAAUGCCAUGAAAGCAAUAUGAGAGGAAAAGUGCGACCCGAAUGGAAGUUCUACAAUCUGCUUGAGAAAAUCAUCUGUGGUAAAGAGUCCUUUACAAACCAAGAAGUCCGUAUCAACGCUAAAGACGACACAAUUUCGUACGAGUCCACAGGACAGCAGGAGGAAGAGGACACUACAGACCAGGAAUUUCUUGGUCAUGCCGGACAGGAGGACACUAGGAAUGUUUCAUGGACAGACCUGGAGACUCAAACCCUGAUCAAGAUCUGGGGAGAGGACAGAACCCAGCGAGAACUGAGAGGAGUCCACCAGAACGGACACAUCUUCGCCAUGAUCUCCAAAAAGAUGGCCGCUCACAGUUACAUCCGAACGGCAGAACAGUGUCAGACUAGAAUGAAGAGACUGAAGCAGUGUUUCAAACAGUGUUCUGAGAAUAACCUCAGCACGGAGGGCAAAGAACCAGUUGAAUUUAAAUUCUAUAAACAGAUGGAGAAAAUUAUGAGUAAUGAAGAGUCCAGUCACAUGCUUUUGCCAGAGGUCAAAGACGAAGAAUCGGACAGUGAAUACCAGGUGUACACAUACCAGGAUAUAGAAACGGCAGUGAACUGCACAGACGACAGGAAGAAGGUUGCGUGGUCCGAUGCAGAGACGUUGAUUCUCCUGCAGUUAUGGGGUGAUGAGCAGGUCCAGCAGAACCUGCAGCGUUGCCCUCACAACGGCCACAUCUACUCUGAGAUCUCAGCCAAGCUGAACGCCCACGGCUACCCGCGCUCCGCUGAGCAGUGCCAAACCAGAAUCAAACGGCUGAAGAUCAGUUACCGGCAGUGCAGAGACCGCAUCAGUUCAUCUGAAGCCGAACAUGUAGAUUUCAAAUUCUAUGAUCUGAUGGAAGACAUUUUUCAAAAGAAUUCUUCUCCCAAAGUGCCAGAAGUGCAAGAUAAUGAAUCCUUUAGCACCAUCAAAUCAGAAUCUCAGGAGGCCUGCAGCAGUGUGGAGCAGACAGCAUCAGGUUUCUGGUUAGACGCAGAAACUGAAGCUCUCAUAGAUGUGUGGGCAGAAGAUGAGGUGCAGAACGCCCUGAGAGGCUCCAUCCAUAAUGGCCACGUAUUUGCUGAUAUAGCAGAGAAACUGAACAGUAAGGGAUUCCUCAAAACACCAGAGCAAUGCAGACUGAAGAUCAAGAACAUGAGGAAGAAUUUCCGACAGUGUUAUGAAAAGAAAAAAUGUGGCAUAAAGGAAGUAGGUUUUAAGUUCUAUGAUAAACUGGAGCAGGUGUUGGGCGAUGAGGACUUUUCCACGGAUGACUUUGAUGAGAAAGAUGAUCAGGAUGCAGAAUCCCAGUGGGCAGGAGUUGUUGCAGUGACUGAAUCAGGCAGGAAGAUGCCCUGGUCACACCAGGAGACCCAGGCUCUGCUGGAGAUCUGGGGUGAGGGUCGUGUGCAGCACAGCCUCAAGAGCUCCCUGAAAAACAGGCACAUCUACAGAUACAUUUCAAAGAAAAUGGCAGCACUGGGUUUCAACAGAACGGGCGAACAGUGCCACUCACGGGUGAAAAGACUCAAAGCCCAGUUUUACUAUGAAGGCAAGGAAGAGUGUAAAUUCUACGAUCAAAUGGAACAGAUUCUUUUAAAGGACACAAGCACUGACAAAACAUCUGAUGAGCAGGACAUCAGCGAGCUGGAAUCCAUAACUGAUUCUGAUUCAGAAUCAGCAGCUCUCUCCAAACCCACCUCUGGGGAAGGGCCGAAGCUGACGUGGGGUGACGUUGAGACGCGGGCUCUCAUAUCCAUCUGGGGGAGUGAUAAGAUCCAGGAGAAGUUGAAAGUCAGUGUCAUACGCAGACCUAUUUUUGAGCAGAUCGCUCAGGCCAUGGCUGAUAAGGGCUUCAGCAGAUCCGCAGAACAGUGUCGGACCAGGAUCAAAAGAUUGAAGGCUAGCUACCGCCAGUGUCUGGAAAGUUACAGAAAUAAUGGGGAGAAGGUGUAUUGGAAGUUCUUCAGCCAGAUAAAGAAAAUAUUUGAAAAGUAUCCAUAUUUAGAUGAGGCCGAAACCACCGUGACUCAAAAGCCAAAGACAGUUGGGAGGGAAACCGCCAGCACGUCUGCAAAUGCAUAAAGCUCAGCUUAUGGGUUUGGAGCAACCUUUGAAAAGGUUUUCAGUUCAACUCCACCACAGAAUCUCCUGUGGAGUGGGCAUAAAACUGACUUUCUCCUCCAUAUCUGGCCUGAGAGGUACAAACGGGACCUGACAUUGAGGUAUUUUCUGUCACAUGGCCUGUGGAUGAUGGAGCAAGGGGAC